GAGGUUAUGUCUACAUUGCAAUUAGACACCCACCGCUAACACGUGUCAGCAGCACCGGCCCCAGGCUCAGAAGGGGCCCCUAACAUCUGCUUCCUCCCCUCCCGCAGCGCUGCAGCGAGAGGCCCCGAGAGAGAGCAGGGAGCAGCGCCCUGCUUACCACAGCGCCCGCACACCCUCCAGCCCCAGAGAACACCUAUCGCCCACAGGCCGGCAGGCUGCCAAUCCCCCGCCGCCCCGCCCCGCGGGACGUACUGUACACGGCACCCGGGCCCCGCCCAGAGACUGGCAACAAGGCUCCAGCUCGCAGCCUCUGCCUCCAGGGAUCCGGCCCGGAAGCCAGGAGCCCAAGGGACCCCGGGAGCUGUAGUUCCUUGGCCAGCUCCCUGCCUGGAGAGUCGCCCCUGGAGCAGGGAAGGAACUACAUUUCCCAGCGUUCCCUUGGCCGCUAUCAACAGGAAAGGGAGGGGGAGGGAGUAGGGAAGCUGCCAGAGCUGAUGCACCGGCUUGCUGUGAAUGGGGAGCUGGCUGCUCGAAGAGGGUGACACUGUGAAUGGGGAACGUGUGCACAAGGAGUAGAAGGCUUUGGCCCAGAUAUCACACUCAGAUGACUUCCCCAGACUGGAUUCGGAAUGCUGGUGGCCUCGGCUGGCAGCCCCCAAAGGAGGAAUUGGGUGGAACGAAUGGACAAUGCACCUCUAUCUGAAGCCUCGCAAGGGAGGUGGCAGAGACAUUCUACAUCAAAGACGAGGGAACUCUCUGGGAUGAAGAAAAGAGAAGUGUCUGGAGGGAUAUCAUGCAGGAGGAUUGUGACACCAAGCUCUUGCUAGGAUUUCUGAUUUCCAAGCCUGAUGUGAUCUCCCAGGUGGAACAAGGGGAAAAGUCAGAUGCCCUGACUCUCCAAGUCUUCAAGAAAAGAGAGAUCUUUAGAGGCACCUGCACUGCAGAUGAUAGGAUCAUCACUGAAGAGGUCACUCCUCAGCAGGAAGGUCCUGAAAAGACAGAACCACACUGAACAUUAGCUGGGAGACCAGCAGGGGAUAUUGCCCAGAAAGGAAAGAGGGAAAUUCUGUAGGGAAGAACCAGGGUAAAUCAGUUCACUGUGAAAGAGGUUUGGGGACACACAAGAGCAUCAUUGCCCAGGGAGAGAGUCCGAAUACCUGUAUAGGACGUGCAAAAAGCUUCUGUCUGAGAUAAAAUCUUAUUACACACCAGAAACUCCACAUGGGAGAAAAACCUUAUAAAUGUACUGGGUGUGGGAAAAGUUUCCUUCAGGACUCCAAACUUAGUCAGCACCAGGGAAUCCACAUGGGAGAGAAACCCUAUAAAUGUCUGGAAUGUGGAAAAGGCUUCACUCUGAGCUCCACACUCAUUCAUCAUCAGAAAAUCCACAGGGGAGAGAGGCCCUACAGAUGCACCGAAUGUGGGAAAAUCUUCAAUAAACACUCAAAGCUUGCACAGCAUCAGAGAAUCCACACCAGAGAGAAACCCUUCAGAUGUGUAGCAUGUGGGAAAAGCUUCAGUCGGAGCUCAACACUCAUUCAGCAUGAGAGAAUCCAUACAGGGAACAAACAGCAUAAAUGUGCUGAAUGCGGGAAGAGAUUAAGUCAGAACUCAGACCUGAUUGUACAUUAGAGAAUCCACACGGACGAGAAACUUUAUGCAUGUACUGAGUGUUGGAAAAGUGUUAGCUGCAGGUCAACGCUUAUUAAACAUCAGAGAAUCCACACAGGUCAGAGACCCUAUAAGUGCACUGAAUGUAAGAAAAGCUUCUCCUGAAGCUCAGACCUUAUUCAUCACCAGACGGUCCACAUGGAGGAGAAACCCUACAAAUGCACUAAGUUGGGAAAAGCUUCGGUCGGAACUCUUCCAGCACCAGAAGCACUCUACAACUCUUCCAGCACCAGAAAUUGAUACAGACCACAUUCGAGGAAGUGGCUGUGUACUUCACCCAGGAAGAAUGGGCACUUUUGGAUGAAAGGCAGAGAGAACUCUACAGGGACAUCAUGUGGGAGACAUUUGAGACUCUGAUCUCUCUGGGAUUUCUGGUUCCCAAACCUGAUGUGAUCUCCCAGAUGGAACGAAGGGGAAGAACCAUGUGUCCCAGAUCACCAGGGCACCAAACAAAGAGAGGUUCUGAAAGCUACCCAGACAGCAGAUGAUGCGAUCUUCUUGAGUGAAAAUAAGGAGGAGAAUUCUCCCCUGAUAAUACACAAGAGAGAGAGACUGAACCUGUGUGCAGACCUUAUUAAACAUCAGAGAUUGCAAAUGGGAGAGAGACCCUAUAGAUGUUCUGACUGUGAGAAGAGUUUUAGUCGGAAAUCAGAUCUUACUUGACAUCUUUCCGAUUGUUGUUUGGUGGGGAGUGAGGUAGUGGAGUUAGGAAGAAAAGUACCAGAAAGUUUCUAGAGCUCAUGGAUCUAAAGAAAGCUUUGAAAACAUGACCCUGGUGUAGCUGAUGCUGACAAGUCUGCAGACUGCCUGGUACAACAGCUCUGUGUGGGGUGAAUUUCCUCAAUUGUCUCAAUGGGUAUUGCCCACAGCAACCCAGUCAUGGACUUUGUGUGAGGCAGAAGGAGAACAGUGGAGCCAGCCAAGUGCUUCCACAUAAGCAGUUACUGGGAUGGAUUUUUGUGAAAAAAAGCUUAAAGACAUGACCUCAGUGUAACCAAUGCAGGAACGUCUGCCUGAGUGUGUCAACAGUCUGAAAAAUCAGCUCUGUGAAGGAUGGGGAAGAGGGUCCCCUUGCAGUGCUAUUCCAAGGGGAGGGGCAGUGAAUAAGGAGCGACAGACAGCAGGAGCAGCUACCGGAACUGGGCUCAAAGUAAAGCACUGGCCCAAAAAUCAAGGAUGUGACACCCAGCAGGAUGUUGCACUGAUGGAAUCUGAAGAAGCCAAUAGGGGAGACCCCAUUCCCCCAGAAACCAGCAGCCCUAGUGAGGAAAACCCUGAUCCUACACCAGCCAAAAGGGGACAUUAUGCCACCACUGAGUCUGUAGAGAUGAACACUGAGCUGCCUGGCUCUGCAGAAGGAGCACAGGUCUCCAUUGCCCAGGAUCCUCUGAGGCAUCUCUCUGUUGGGGAAUCAGCAGAGAUGUGUGGCAAAUCCUCUAACUCUGUUCCACCAGGACUGGAACAAGGGGAGCAAGAUCUAAGGUACCAGAGAGGACUCUCAGAGGGGGAGAAAGAUCCUGCAGUACAAGAGAUAUCUUUGGAAGAAGAGAGAUGGGAUCAUUCCUUGAACUCUGAACAGGGAAAAUUAGCUCAUCCUGAAAGAAAUCAGUAUUCUUUCUUUCCCAACACAGUCCCCCAGGCGACAGCCACUCAUGACAAAAACCCGCAGGUACAGUCUCCAGCCCUUCAUAUUGAAUUUCCUCAGGAUCAGAAACAGUCCCUGACAUGUCAUACUGCUGUCCCCCAGGCACAGCAUAAGGAAACCUCAAUGACAGACACUGUUCCCAGCCAGAGGGAACCAGCCACUAAACACUUCCUGGUGUGUAAAGAAGUUUCAGAUGUUCAUUGCAAGACUGAGCCUUUGCAUGAUGACACUAUUGGAGAUUCCCCCUUGCAGGGGUUGGAUGUAGCAAAUGGGACCAUCAGAGAGCUCCGACCACGUACUGAAGCAGUGGCAGGGACCGACGAGGAGCCACCUCCUGGGAUGGAUGCAGCAGGCAGGAUGAAUCCCAUGCCUUCUGUAGAUAAUGAUGAAAAAGUAGGAGGCUUACAGGGAGGGGGAGAGGAUAGAGACUCUUCCUCUUCACAUCACUCACCCUAUCCCUUAUCGGAUGACAGCCAAGGAAAUUCAUGGCUAACAGGAAGAAAUGCAGAUAGAAAGAUGGUUCUGUCAUCCCAUGAGAGAGGGAACAAUGCCUUGGCCACAGACCAGAAAACAGAAGUGGCUGCUAGGCAAAGUCCAUCUGGUUCUAUGGACCUCCUUCUGGAGGAGGAGAAAGGAGCAGAUGAUGGAAGAGCAGAAGGCAGCACUGAAUCUCCAAGAGUGUGUGUCUUCCACAUACCAAAUGCUGCAAAAAAAACAGAGCAGGAGGAGUGGCAGCACGAGCAGCUAGAAUGGGGGGAGGAGCCAGAAGAGGAGGAGCAGUCGGAACAGAUGCAGCCAGAGCUGAAACAGGAGGAGCCAGAAUGGGAGAAGCUAGAGAAGGAAGCAAAACCAGUGCAGGAGGAGCCAGUAUGGGACAGGGAAGAUCAGAAGGAAAAGAGGUGGGAUGAGCUGGAACAAGAGCCAGGGAGGGAAGAGGAGGAGCUCGAGGCUCCACCACCAGCACUCAAUCCGGCAUCACCUUCUCUCUCCAAGCAAAACUGGGACCUGUGUGAUGAGGGGAAGAGCAUUUCCUCGGCUGAGGGAACAGGGCUGGCCUCUCUGCCCCAGGAAUCAUUCUCCAAAGAUCAGCAUCCCGGUGAGGAUGUACUAUCCUGCAUAGUACUGAAGGCCUGCAUUGGAGGAGCAAGUGUAAGAGCUCAGCCACCUGCUGUGAUAAUGUCCAAAAGUCAGAACCCAGUGGAUGGGAGUUCCAUGAUGCACUCCCCCACUUGCCACAUCUCUGAGCACUGGGGAGACAUGGGAGUUUCUGACCCUUCCAGCUCCAUUUCUUUCAAUGGCCAAGAUUGUGAAGAAACCUGUCAGGAUAACAGAACCAGUAAUGGUGAGGAUGGCCAUAGUGACGGAGAUGGAAGGACAGUCCAGAGCUUUCAUGAUGAUGGAGCCAUAUUUCUAUUAUGCAGAGAAGUAACCUCAUCUGGUGCAGGGAACCCAGACUCUUCCAGGACUCUGGACCCUUCUUCUGGUGCCAGGAACUUUGGCUCUUUUGGUCCCGCAGAUCCUCAUCCUGUUGCAGAAAACCCAGCGUUUCCCAGUCAUUACGAUUUCACUCCAGCCUCGCCAUCAGAGCUCAACUCAGCAGCAUCAGCAGCUAGCCCAUCUCAGGAGGAUGCUGAUGAAAGAUCCCAUGUGAGCCCUGCGGGAUGUACUGACCUGGACAAAGCACCAGUCUCUGUACAGGACACAUCCAGCCAGACUUCUUAUCUGCAGGAGGCAGCUUCUAGUGAAGGAGCAUCAGUGUCCACCAGCCCAGAGGGUGUUCAGACUCCCCAUGGGCUGCUUACACCUGAGAAGGGCCUUAAUGAAGAGCAUAGUGCCCAACCUUGCAUCUCCAAGGCUUUCAGAAGUCCCCCUCCAAGGCAGAGCUUGCCCAAGGACAGAGAUGAAGUAGACUCUACCCCUGCAGCUCCAGCUACAAUGCACCUGGAGGCAUCCCAAGCACCAGACAUGGCUCUCAGUCCCCCAAAUUACCUGGAGAAAGUCCAGAGGCACCAAAAGCCCCCAACGAGAAGUUUUGUUUUUCAGGGAAAGGAAAUGGAAGCAAACAUGGUUCACACAGCACAACAAAACCCUUUACUCGAUGAGUCACAUUUGAGUUUAGAGGUGGAAGUUCCAGGAACAGGAAGUGUCCUUAAGGCUGUACCGCAGCCCCCAGAAGAAGUGGUAGUCUUUGCCUUGGAGCAGCACACGCAGCCUCCUCCUCCUGAGCCUGACUCCAGCUCGCCCCUGGCCCCUGUGCCUGAUGCUGACCAGCUCAACCACCCGCCUGCGCCCAACUCACCCCUGGCUCCUGUGCCUGAUGCCACCCAGCUCAACCACCCCUCGGCGCCUGCGUCUGACUCACCUUUGCCCCCUGUGCCUGAUGACACCCACUUCACCCACACUCCGGUACCUGCUCCUGGCUCACCCCUGACUCCUGCGCCUGACGCCAACCAGCUCACCCACCCUCCGGAUCCUGCGCCCGGAUCACCCCUGGCUCCUGCGCCUGACGCCAACCAGCUCACCCACCCUCCGGCUCCUGCGCCUGACGCCAACCAGCUCACCCACCCUCCGGCUCCUGUGCCCGGCUCACCCCUGACUCCUGCGCCUGACGCCAACCAGCUCACCCACCCUCCGGAUCCUGCGCCCAGCUCACCCCUGGCUCCUGCGCCUGACGCCAACCAGCUCACCCACCCUCCGGCUCCUGCGCCCGGCUCACCCCUGGCUCCUGCGCCUGAUGCCAACCAGCUCACUCACCCUCCGGCUCCUGCGCCCGGCUCACCCCUGGCUCCUGCGCCUGAUGCCAACCAGCUCACCCACCCUCCGGCUCCUGCGCCCGGCUCACCCCUGGCUCCUGCGCCUGAUGCCAACCAGCUCACCCACCCUCCGGCUCCUGCGCCUGAUGCCAACCAGCUCACCCACCCUCCGGCUCCUGCGCCUGAUGCCAACCAGCUCACCCACCCUCCGGCUCCUGCGCCUGACGCCAACCAGCUCACUCACCCUCCGGCUCCUGCGCCCGGCUCACCCCUGGCUCCUGCGCCUGACGCCAACCAGCUCACUCACCCUCCGGCUCCUGCGCCCGGCUCACCCCUGGCUCCUGCGCCUGACGCCGACCAGCUCACCUAUUCUCCGGCUUCUGCGCCCGGCUCAGCCCUGGCUCCUGUGCCUGACGCCGACCAGCUCACCUACCCUCUGGCUUCUGCGCCCGGCUCACCCCUGGCUCCUGCGCCUGACGCCAACCAGCUCACUCACCCUCCGGCUCCUGCGCCCGGCUCACCCCUGGCUCCUGCGCCUGACGCCGACCAGCUCACCUAUUCUCCGGCUUCUGCGCCCGGCUCACCCCUGGCUCCUGCGCCUGACGCCAACCAGCUCACUCACCCUCCGGCUCCUGCGCCCGGCUCACCCCUGGCUCCUGCGCCUGACGCCGACCAGCUCACCUAUUCUCCGGCUUCUGCGCCCGGCUCAGCCCUGGCUCCUGUGCCUGACGCCGACCAGCUCACCUACCCUCUGGCUUCUGCGCCCGGCUCACCCCUGGCUCCUGCGCCUGACGCCAACCAGCUCACUCACCCUCCGGCUCCUGCGCCCGGCUCACCCCUGGCUCCUGCGCCUGACGCCGACCAGCUCACCUAUUCUCCGGCUUCUGCGCCCGGCUCAGCCCUGGCUCCUGUGCCUGACGCCGACCAGCUCACCUAUCCUCCGGCUUCUGCGCCCGGCUCACCCCUGGCGCCUGUGCCUGACGCCGACCAGCUCGCCCACCCUCUGGCGCCUGCACCCGGCUCAUCCCUGGCUCCUGCACCUGAUGCUGACCAGCUCACCUAUCCUCCGGCUUCUGCGCCCGGCUCACCCCUGGCUCCUGUGCCUGACGCCGACCAGCUCACCUAUCCUCCGGCUUCUGCGCCCGGCUCACCCCUGGCUCCUGCACCUGAUGCUGACCAGCUUCUCCAGUCUCGAUUCCUUGUGCCUGACUCCAACCAGCUUCCAGCCCCUGCACCUGAUAUUGACCAGCCUCUGCCUCCUGUAUCUAACUCCAACCCACCUCUAAACUGUGUACCAGACUUUAGUCAAUUACUGGCCACUGCCCCCAAUUCCAGCUGCCCUAGCCAGGCUCCAGCCUCUGUGCCUGAUGCUGACAGCCUUGCUCAUGCUCUGGUCCCUGCCCCUGCUGUGGAAGAUGGAGAAGAGAACCCCCUCCUAAUGCAGAUGACCCAUGGGGGAGUGUCUGGUGCCCAGUGGGAUCCGGUCGUCUCACUUACACCGGAUGUGGUGGACACCAGUGACUCAGGCAUCACUUCAUUGGCAGAGAGCUCAGAUUUUCCCACUUUGGAGAAUGAGGCACCCAUGGGCCACUCUAACAGCAGCCCUGGAGCAAUGGGUCAGCACCUGGCUACAAACUGUGGAAAGUCCACACCUGACUGCACCUCCAGGCCCUCCUUGGGAGGGUGGGGAACAUCCACAGACUCUCAGAGUAGAAAUUCAGCACAGCCACCCCCACUACUAGCUUUCUCCAACCCACUCUACUUCCUGCAGUUCAGCCCUCCAUCGCCACCAACCAUCAGAACACUGUACCGAGAGGAGGCAGUCUUUGAGGAGCCCCAGUGGGACCAGGCACAGGCAGGCCCCACCAGCGUGGAUACGAAGAACACAACAGCCCCUGCAAUGAUGAUAGAGAAAGCAGAGGGCGCUAGGACAUGCAAGCAAAGGAUGGAAGGGCAGGGAGAACCGCUUCACCUUGCGGCCCAGGUAAAAGAGGAGGUGGCCAGACAUGCACCCUUGGAGAAGUCACCAAGUUGGCCAGGUAAAAAAGUCAUCAGGGUGGACAUGAAGGAGCGGGGACUCAAUUCAGGGAGUCAGGAGAACAGGAUCAAACACAGAGCAAAAAGCAAAGACUGGCACCGGCAGGGCCUGAGGAAGAUGUCAGUACUGCCAGGCAACUUACAAGAGGAGGGAGCACACAAGGACCAGCCAACCUGCUCAGAUACAGUUAUACUUCGGGAGAAGAAAUCUGCAGACACACUGGAGAAUCUCAAGCGCCGACACUCCAAACUGAUCAACUCCUCAAGGUUACUCUAUCAGGAAUACAGCGACGUGGCUCUGAACAAGGCAAUCCAGAGCCAGAAGAGAGCGGAUUCUUUGGCCGAGGACUUCGAACCGAGCUCUCCAAGCUCCCUAAGGCUACGGAGGAAAGUGCUGUCUCCUCAGGACUCGUAUCUGCAACGUCUCUCGGUCUCGUCCACCGCGUCCCUCUGGCAGGACAUCCCCAUGAUCCGAGGAAGCAGAAUGCUGCUGAACAUGUCCCGAGAUGAUCAGAAACUGCAGGAGGCCAAGUUCGAGUUGAUCAUGUCAGAGGCCUCAUAUUUGCGCAGUUUAAAUGUGGCAGUGGAUCACUUCCAGCGCUCAUCAGAACUCCAGGCACUCCUCAGCAAUCAGGAGCGCCAGUGGCUUUUCUCCCGUCUGCAGGAAGUGCGUGAUGUCAGUGCCAGUUUCCUCUUCGACCUGGAGGAAAAGUUUGAGGAGAACAUGUUCACCUUCAACGUGUGUGAUGUGGCUCUGAGACAUGCUCCUGAAUUCCGCAAGGUGUAUCUGCCCUACGUGACAAAUCAGACCUACCAGGACCAGAUUUUCCAGAGGCUCCUGACUGAGAAUGCAAGGUUCCAGCAAGUCCUGGAGAGACUGGAAAGCGCCACCGUGUGCCAGCGCCUCUCCCUCAAAUCCUUCCUCAUUCUCCCCUUCCAACGCAUCACCCGACUCAAACUCCUCCUCCAGAAUAUACUGAAGAGAACCCCGCCCGAGUCGGAUGAAGAAGUGCAGGCCACACAGGCUUACGAUGCACUGGAGAAGCUCAUAAAGGACUGCAACGAAAAUGUCCAGCGCAUGAAGAGCACCGAGGAGUUGAUCUACCUAAGCCAAAAGAUUGAUUUUGAGUGCAAGAUAUUCCCACUGGUCUCACAGUCAAGGCGGCUGGUGAAGUGUGGUGAGCUGAUGACAUUGGACAACAACACUCUGAGCCCCAAGUGGAAACUCAACACCCGCCCCAUCUACCUGCACCUCUUCAAUGACCGCCUGCUCCUGUCCAGGCCCAGGGAGGGUGGGCGCUUUGUCGUGUUUGAUCAUGCUGCAUUUUCAGAUGUACGUGGGGAGAAGUGUGAGGUGAAGCUGCACGGGACAAACAAAAAUGUUUUCCGCCUUUUUCUCCUUAAGAACAACCAGGGGAAAAGAGUGGAAUUCCUCUUUCGCACAGAGACACACAGUGAGAAGCUGCGGUGGAUCUCCGCUCUGGCGCCACCACGAGGAGAACCAGAUCUCUUAGAAAGCCCUGACUCACCUCAGGUUCAGUGCAUACGGACGUACAAAGCUCGGGAGAAUGACGAGCUGGCUCUGGAGAAAGCAGAUAUCAUCAUGGUCAUGCAGAACAGCAACGACGGUUGGAUGGAAGGAGUGAAACUCUCAGAUGGAGAGAGAGGCUGGUUUCCCUCAGAGCAUGUGGAAAUGAUCUCCAGCAAACAUGCACGCCAGAUGAACCUGGAGGAGGAACAGCGUGUGAAGAAUGCCAAACAGCAGGUCUUCUGCAAGAAAUAG